AUGGGAACCCUUUCAAGGAGCGGAAAGUAUUGCCCGGUUCAUAAACCAUGGAAUAAAGUUAAGGAUGCUAAAAAACAAGCGUUGCUUGAACUCCUAAAGACUAAAUUUGAUAUUCCGGAUGAUCCUGUGACGGGCACAUGGAUAUUGCAAUCAUUUGGGAGGAAGAUGUUAAGUGAAAAAAACAAGGACAAUCGGCAAGAAAAGAAGAUGGUGCAAGUAACUGGAAAAAAAAGUUAUGCUCAAGUUCGUGAAGAUCUAAAGGCAUCUUUGGGACGAGAUCCAAGUCGGAUGGAAAUGUUUGAGUCAUGUUUCUCCAAAGGUGGAACUACCAAAAAUGCAGAAGCUUCAAAUGCAAUUGUAAGCACAAUGAAACAAAUUAAAUCUAAUCUUCCCGAGGGUUCCAACGAUAAGCCUGGACCAGAUGAUGUGUUUUCUAAAGUCAUGGGUAAAGAUCGCAACGGUGAUGCGGUCAUGUAUGGUUUGGGUGUUCGUGCUUCUGAUGUUUGGGGGGUACUACCAAGUCGUUCCGCAUGUCAUAGAGAAAAUAUCCAAUUGAAGGCUCAAUGUGAAGAACUUACUAGUAAAGUGGUCCAGUUACGAGCCCAAGCAAAGAUGAAUGAGUCGAUGGAUGGUUCCAGUGUUCCGCCUUCCGCAUCACAUUGCCCUGUUGCAACCAAUGGACCUCCACGUUUACGGGUUUGA